GGCUCGCGUGGAGGUGUGUGAGGGACCUCAGCGAGCAAGCCGGACUCGUUUUGGCAUCUCAGCUUCACGGCUGAACAGUCGCCAAACUCGCUUGCGCUCGCGAGACAGCUUUGCAUCACUGCUUUGACCAGGGCAAAGGACAAGCUGUACUCCACGAGCGUUUGCGAAGAAAGCGUCAAAAACACACGUCACAUAUUGUAUCACUGCCGCGGCGACCGCGGCGAGCGAUUUUGCUCUACGCGACGACACACGAGCAGAAGCAUGGCGCUCGCCGGCCGCGGCUUCCUGGCCUGGUACAACGCGCGCCUCACGAGCCACCCCUACAGCGUCAAAGCGUUCGGGACCGGCGCGACCUACGUCGCCAGCGACUGCACGGCGCAGGCCAUCGAAGGCGAGAAAGACAAAACUGUGCAGGACCGCGCCGCGCGCGCGCUGAAGUUCGGCGCCGUCGGCUGCUUCUGGGUCGGGCCACUGCUCACGUACUGGUUCAACGUCAUGGAGCGCUUCCUGCCCGGGCGGGCGCCGGCGCGCGUCGCCGCGAAGCUCGUGAUCGACCAGGUGCUCCAAGGGCCCUUCAUGAUCGGGUCGAUGUUCGCGCUUUGUGCGGCCGCGAACGGCGCGUCCGUGGACGCGAUCCAGAACAAGCUCGAGGCAGAACUCUGGCCGACCUGGGUCAACUCCGUGAUUGUGUGGGGGCCGGUACAAAUAGGACAGCAGACGCUCGUGCCCCUCAAAUACAGGGUGGCGGUGGCGAACGGCGUGUCCUACGUCUGGGAUACGUACCUGUCCCUGAAGAUGAUGCCGCCGCCGGCCGAGGCGGGCACGGACAAGGCUGCAAAGCCAUCGGCGCUCGUGCGGCGGCGGACGAUUGUUUAAUUUAUAUGUUGUG